CUCCUCCUCAUAUGUCGUCAUCGGGUGUCGCCCAGUCAAAUUAUAGGCGAGAAAAUACCCGAAAAAAACAAGCCGAGCGAGCAGCCCAGCCAGCCAGCGCGGCCGGUGCGAGGCGGCUCAUGCUGCAUGUGUGAUUUCUUUUUCCUCUUUUUUAUUAUUAUUUUUUUUUUAAAUUAAAACCUGGUGAUAAGUAGAGGAGAUGAGGGGACUCCUGUCGUUUUACCGGGGCCUGUACACCCUGAGUAACCGUCAAGCCAGGCGCAAAGCUGGGAUUGUCGGUUCUCGGUGCGGGCUUUGCGGAACUCCGUCUACCAGCAAGCCCCAGCCAGGCUUUGGGCUGCUGUUCGACAUCGACGGCGUGCUCGUGCGAGGAAGGCUGCCAAUCCCUGCUGCAAAAAAGGCGUUCGAGAAGCUGGUCGACUCUCAGGGACAAUUUGUGGUGCCAGUUGUUUUUGUCACAAAUGCAGGGAAUUGCCUCCGACAAACUAAAGCAGACCAGCUCUCACACAUCCUGGGAGUGCCUAUUACACAAGACCAAGUCAUCAUGUCCCAUAGUCCCCUGAGGAUGUUUAAGAAGUUCCAUGACAAGUGUGUCUUAGUGUCGGGACAGGGACCGGUCCUGGAAAUUGCUAAAAAUUUGGGCUUUAAGAAUGUUAUGAGUAUUGAUAUGCUGAGGGAAUCGUACCCACUGCUGGACAUGGUGGAUCACAACAGGAGACCCAAACUGCCGGUGAGAUUUUGCAACCCAGUGCAGAAAUUAGAUGUAAUUUAUCAUAUACAGAAGCACAUGUUAAUUUCCCUUCUUUCAUUUCAGUCCAAUCCUAUUGUCACCCUUUCCAAGGUUGAAGCUGUGAUUUUGUUCGGGGAGCCAGUUCGAUGGGAGACCAACCUGCAGCUGAUCAUUGACAUUUUGUUGACCAAUGGCAACCUCAGCAGUGUCCACCAAACCCAAAAGAUGCCUCACCUCCCCCUGCUGGCCUGUAACAUGGACCUCAUGUGGAUGGCUGAGGCACAUUCACCACGGUUUGGCCAUGGGACGUUUCUAGUGUGCCUAGAGAACAUCUACAAGAAGAUAACCGGCAAGGACCUGAAGUACGAGGCUCUCAUGGGAAAACCCAGUGAGCUGACCUACCAUUUUGCAGAGUACCUCAUCAGAAGCCAGGCCAUGCAGAGGCAAUGGAAACUUCCCGUCACCAGCCUUUACGCUAUAGGGGAUAACCUAAUGACUGACAUCUACGGGGCCAACCUGUACAACCGCUACCUGGAGGAGAGAGCUGCUAGAAAGAACCCCAAAGCUGUUGCUAAGAUGGUGGCAGCAACGGGUUCCACCGCUGCAGUGCCCAGGGAGGAGGAGAUGGACAGCCUAUGGGAGAGCGAGCUGGCGCUGCCCUCUGCUACCUCCUGUAAGUCUGUUCUGGUCUGCACGGGGGUCUACAACCCCAAGGCAGAGGUGCCAUCCGAUGCAAACCGUUGCAUCAAGGAGACUGUGUUCCACGGGCACCGGGACUUCAGAUUCGACCCGGCGCUGGUGGAGCCGGGCCACAUAGUGCAGGAUGUGUUAGAAGCCGUUGACCUCAUCUUUGAGCAGGAAAAGUUUGUGCCUCAGUAGAGUUUUCAGCUGGCGGGUUUCGUGUGGUCUCGGAGGGUCCAGGUAUAGAGGGCUUAGAACAUUAAACUGGGAAUACCACUUAAUGCAUACAGCUGUAGGAGCUUAACACUGUGGACUUUGUUUAACCACCUGACAGGGCAUUGAGAAAAUAUUGGUCCUAUUUUAAACUCUUAACUUUAAGACAAACUUUAGAGAAAACGAAUUAUGUAACUGUUACUAUCAUCUGCUCUUUUUUAUAUUGUUUCUUUGUGAUUGUCUUUAUUUUCCUCUUUUUCAUUAAGGAAAGGUGUAAGAACUGCCUUAUUUGACCCUACUAAGUAUUUUUUUAGAUGAUAGUAUUGUUGUAGAUUGUUACAAAUCCUGUUACCAUCCUAUAUUUAUUACAAGAAAUUUGUCAGUGUUUUUAAGAGGCAUAUUCAGAUAACGUUUGACCUUUCUUCUCAAGGUGACUUUUAUUAUCGCAUUUUUAGCCAUUUGUUUACCCAUUUUACCUGGAAAAUCUAUGCAUGAAUACGAGAGUAAUACUUGUACUGUAAAAGAAAAUUGUUUGAUGUGCAAUAUUGUCGUCUAACAGUACUGUCUGUCUGCAUUUUGUCUAGUUUGCCAGAGUCCUGACUAGUAUUUGCACAGAUCAGAGACGUCGUUGUUAAAUGUUACCAUAUCUUCCUGCCAGAGCCGGUUUCAUUUUUAUGCUUACAAAUUUUUAGUUCCAGAAGCAAAAUCUAACUGGACAUUUAUUUAGAUACAUCAAAAGCUUUUACUGCCCCAUUUGUAGUAUUUCACUCACUGUAAAUACCUUAAGAAAAUACAAAGAAUAGUUACACAGG